CCCCUAUAUGCCACAGAACACCUUGGCUCUCUGAGCUGUCGCUGGUGCUGUAGAUACUGUCGCCUCCCCGCCCAUCGCGUUAUGCUAUUGGCUAGCAGCGCUGGUAAAUUUAUUUCAGUCUGUAGUAGUGUAGCACUGGGUUGGUAAUACAGGUUAGAAUUAGGAAUUGCAAGAUGCUGCUUCGAAGAGCUAGCUAUACUGGCCAGAUUUUUAACUGCCCUUGAUUCAGUGGUAGGUUUAUCCGAGACAGCGAAAGAGCCAGUCCCAUGUAGAUAACUACGGAGGAACCUGUUACUGUCACGCUGCCUCCGAUGGCAUCAGCUUGAAUACGGGGAAAGUCUCCCCGUUUUCGGUGCGGACGGGAAGAGAAGCAAUGGGACCGUUUUCGAAGGGACGCUACUUCUGUUUGGGCAUCUUCUUGUUCCUUGUUUUCUUCUCUACUUGCGCGACAACUAAAGGCACCGGCAGCGAUGCCCUCCCGGACUCCUUGCCGUCCGUUCCGGGCACGCUGCCGCACUUCCUGCAGGAGCCGGAGGACGCCUACAUCAUCAAGAGCAAUCCCAUCAAGCUCCGCUGCAGGGCCGCGCCCGCGCUGCAGAUCUUCUUCAAGUGCAACGGCGAGUGGGUGCACCAGAACGAGCACGUGUCGCGCGAGUACCUGGACGAGGGCACAGGACUGAAGAUCCGAGAGGUGAUGAUCAAUGUUUCUCGGCAACAAGUUGAGGACUUCCAUGGCCCAGAGGACUACUGGUGCCUCUGUGUGGCCUGGAGCCACCUGGGGACAUCCAAAAGCCGAAAGGCAACCGUCCGAAUCGCAUACCUGAGGAAGAACUUUGAGCAGGACCCCCAGGGGAAGGAGGUUCCCAUCAAGGGCAUGAUCGUGUUGCACUGCCGCCCUCCGGAGGGAGUUCCAGUGGCUGGGGUUGACUGGCUGAAGAACGAGGAGCUGGUGAACUCCCUCACCGACGACAACAUCGACACCAGAGCCGACCACAAUCUCAUCAUCAGCGAAGCCCGGCUGUCUGACUCGGGGAACUACACCUGCCUGGCCACCAACAUCGUGGCCAAGAGACGCAGCGCUACGGCCACCGUGGUGGUGUUCGUGAAUGGCGGUUGGUCAUUGUGGACGGAGUGGUCUUCCUGUAACGUGCGGUGUGGGAGGGGUGUUCAGAAGCGCUCACGUACCUGUACCAACCCCGCCCCUCUGAACGGAGGCGCUUUCUGUGAGGGCAUGUCCAUGCAGAAGAUCACCUGCAACGCUGUCUGCCCUGUGGAUGGUGGCUGGGAGGACUGGAGCGAGUGGAGCGUGUGCAGCUCCGAGUGCGAGAGGCAGCGGUGGAGACAGUGCCUGGCCCCGGCGCCCCGGCACGGCGGGAAGGUUUGCGACGGGUCCGGCCUCGCCACGGAAAACUGCACCGGCGGUCUCUGCACCCAGAAUCGAAAGCUGCUACACGAUGUAGAGCCUCAAAGCAUGGAGGGCACUAAUGACGUGGCCCUGUACUCCGGCCUGGCGGCGGGAGUCAUCGCUGUCGCCGUUCUCGUGGUGGCCGUCACCCUGUACCGGAAGAACCAGAGCGACUACGGCGUGGACGUCAUCGACUCCUCAGCGCUCACCGGCGGCUUCCAGUCCUUCAACUUCAAGACCACCAGACAAGGAAAUCCACUUCUACUCAACUCCUCCAUCCAGCCGGACCUGACGGGGGGGCGCACCUACAGCAGCCCCAUCUGUUUCCAGGACUCCAUUGACAAGGAGCUGUUCGACCCCCUGCCUGACAUCAAGGUCAAAGUUCAGAGUUCCUUCAUGGUGUCGCUGGGCGUGGCGGACCGGGCGGAGUACCACGUGAAGGCCCACCCGGAGACGUUCCCCCGGGGCCUGCAGCGGGACUACAGCACGGUGGAGAACCGCAAGAAGAACCUGCUCACCCCCACCGGCCCGGCCACGCCCGCUAAGGGGGAGCUGAAGACUGUGGGCAUAUUCGGCAAUCUGGGCGGGAGGCUGGUGGUGCCUAACACAGGAGUCAGCCUGCUGGUGCCACAUGGGGCGAUUGCAGAGGACACUUCCUGGGAAAUGUAUAUGAUCAUCAAUCAAGAGGAAAACAGUGCCCACACAGAUGAAAGCUGUGAAAUACUUCUGGGACCGGAGGUCACCUACGGACCACCGGGCCUCAGUCUGUCCUGUCCCGUCGCCAUGACGAUAGCCCACUGCGCCGAGGUAAACGGGGAGAACUGGAACAUCCGACUGAAGAGGAAAACGCACGAUAACAAGUGGGAGGAAGUGAUGUCGGCGGAGGACGAGACGACUUCCUGUUACUGCCUGCUGGACUCUCACAGCUGCCACCUGCUCCUGGACCGGCCGGGCUCGUACGCGCUGGUGGGCGAGCCGCUGGUGGAGCUGGCCGCCAAGCGGCUGAAGCUGGCCGUGUUCGGCGGCGUGGGCUCCUGCUUCCUGGAGUACUGCCUCCGGGUGUACUGCGUGGACGACACCCCGCACGCCUUCCAGGAGGUGGUCGCCACGGAGACUGGCAGGGGUGGGCAGCUGCUGGAAGAGCCAAAAACCCUGCUCUUCAAAGGAACCACCUUUAGCCUACAGGUGUCAAUCCAGGACGUCCCACAUUUUCUGUGGAACAUCAAGCCCUUCACCACCUGUCAGGAAUUCUCCUUCUCCCAAGUGUGGUGCAGCAACCAGCAGCCCCUGCACUGUGCCUUCACCCUGGAGAGAUACAGCCCUGCCACGUCCCAGCUCUCCUGCAAGAUCAGCGUGCGGCAGGUCAAAGGUCACGAGCAGAUCCUCCAGGUGUACACGUCUGUGGCGGAGAGUGAAAAGGAGAGUGUUCCCUUCUUCAUGCAGGCAGACUGCACUGUCACAUCUCAGAUGGGGCCCAAGGCCUUCAAAAUCCCCUUUUCCAUUCGACAGAGGAUCUGUGCCACCUUCGACACGGCCAACGCCAAGGGCAAAGACUGGCAGCUCUUAGCACAGAAGCUCCACAUCCACAGGAAUCUGUCCUACUUUGCCAAGCAGCGCAGCCCUUCUGCGGUCAUUCUCAACCUGUGGGAGGCGCAGCAUCAGGACAACGGCGACCUGGACUCGCUAGCCAGCGCCCUGGAGGAAAUCGGCAGGAUCCACUCCAAGAGCCCCACCAAGAGCCCGGAGAAACCAAGCUCAGACUUCACUUAAGAGAGGCCUGGACCCCCAGGAGCGCCCCCAUCUGCAGUUCAGACUGCUCACAAGACACACACUCCCUGCGAUACCUCGGCCAAUGUCACCGAUACACUGGGGUCAGAAAACACAUAAUUAUUUAUGUACAAAAUAAAAAAAUAAUAAAAA